AUGCUCUUUUUCUUCGCACUAUGUUUAUGUGCGCUCUCAACACCGGUCCUUAUCUUAAAUGGCAAAGAACCAAGAACAGACAACCCAAAUUGUAAGUCGUUUUCGUUUGUUCAAGGAUCUAAUGGGGCUACGACCUCGGUCACUUGCAAAUCAUGUGAAGACUCAACUUACAAAUAUGCAAGCGAUGCUUGCACUUACGACGCUACAAAAUGUGCAUCGUCUGUAGGAAAGGUAUACAACAUUUCAGGGUCUUGUGGUGUUUGUGAUACUGCUUGUACCAGUACUUGCACUUCUGAUGCUGUUUGCACUUGCAAAUUCUCAUCAACCAAAAGUACUUGUCAGUCUUGCGUUUUAACCAAUUUUAACUCUGUUUCAAAGUGUGACUUGUGCAAAAGAGGAAUGGUCACAGACGCUGCAAAGACAAGUUGUGUUGCUAUAACUGGUGAUAACAAUCCUGAUACUUUGAAUAAUCAGAAUAAUUGUGCACUUGCUGGUUCUGAAGGUGAUAACCAAUUCUGUUUGAAGUGUAAUGGCAAAGCUCAACCAACUUCAGGUGAAGGUCUCACAGUCUGUGGGCAAGCAAUUGAUACAAUAACAGGAUGUAUCAGACAAAAUCAAGACAAAUGUGUUGUAUGUGAUAAAGGGUACUAUUUAACUGAUGGUGCUUGUACUAAAGGAGACGAUAAUUGUGACGCUCCUUUCUUAUCUGGAAGUACAGUUACAUGUACUAAAUGCAGAGAAGGUUACUAUCUCAAAAAUAACGCAUGUAGUAAGUGCACUCCAAUGGACACCUCAUCUUCAUCAAUACUUCCAGCAGAUCAAAGAUAUGACUCUGUUUGCAGUUUGUUCAGCAAAGAGACAUGCACCCAAUGUAAUAGCAGAUGUAAGCUCAGCACAGAUGGCCAGACGUGUGUAUCUACUUUUUGUAGAGAAAUGGGAUAUGACGGUACUUGCAAAGUAUGUGAAAAGGGGUACUACUUAUUAGGCAAUCAGUGUGUCCAAGCACCUCCAAAUUACUUUGUUCCAGGGAGUAACACUGAGUGUGUUGCUGGCUAUUACCUCGACAAUACCAAUGGCGUUAAUUCGUGUAAAAGGUGCAAACCACACUUUGCUCAAUGCUUGACACUCCAAACCCCAGUCCCAGGUACUUCCAUUUACAGCAACACAAAAGCCACCAAAUCCGAGCCUUGUGAUGAUGAAAAUUGUAUGUCAUGUGCUGAUGAUGGUACCACAUGCUAUAAAUGUUUUGAUACAACAAAAACUGGUGUGGCUUUGGUCAAGGUUGGUGGUACCUGUGUUUUCAAGGCAUCAGUUAUGACACUCCUUUCUGUGCCUAAUACUAUUUCAACAGAAUUCCCAAUUACAUAUCCGUUCUGUAGAUACAGAGGAAAACAAGGAUAUUUCGAAGAUUUGUACCCAGCUUAUUAUGUUCUUUUAAAAGAUAAAGACGAGACAUACAACAACGUCUAUUGUAAUCCACUCCCAAGAUUGGACUACAUGUACCAAUACAAGGAAGAUACAAGUUCGGCAUACGCUUGUGUUGGAGCAAAUAGAGAUCCAGCCAAGGGUUGCCAAUGUCUUGAUGGAUAUUACCAAAGUGCUUCUAAAACAGCCUCGGGAUGUGAAAAGGCCGAUACAUGCGUUGAGUCUGCUAACGGUGAUCAAUGCACGGUGUGCCCAAUUGGAUCACAGGUUAAUGGAAAUGGAAAGUGUGUUUGUCCAGACAAAACAUACUUGAAAAAUGGCGAGUGUAUUCCAUGCCCCGAUAAAUGUGCUACUUGCCAACCAAAUGGAAGUAAUGAUGUGACUUGUUUAACAUGUGAACCAGUUGCUUUGGGAGGAAAUGGACGUGACGCGAGUAAUAAAUGCGAAUGUAAAACUGGUUAUGCGGAAGAUACAACGCAGAUUACUGUGUGUUUAGAAAUUCCAACAGAUUGUACUGGAGUCAAAGGUACCAAUUAUGUCAUAACUGGAAAUACUUUGACUUGCUUAAAGUGCAACAGUGCAAACCGAUCUCCAUCGACCAAUUGCCAAGAAUGUGUUGAAGGAUAUUUCUCAGCUAUUCCAUCAGAUACUGGUGACUGUACUGAAUGUAAUUAUGGAGAUGCCUGUAAAACUUGUAAUUCAACCAAAUGUACUGCUUGUAAAGAUACCAACGCUUUGCAAGAGAAUAUGGGCAGUACCACCGCUUGUCAGACAUGUAAAGAUGGUUACGCCUAUAAUUCCGACACUUUUGCAUGUGAGCGUUGUCGAUCAGUUUGUGAUGGGUGUUCAUACAAUCCAACAACCCAAACGAUGGGAUGUACUCUAUGUACCAAUGGUAAAAAUCCACCCAACUGUGAUUGUACUGGUGACUAUUACCAAGGAGAAGACCUUACUAAAUGUGAGUCCUGUGAUAACUCUAAAAACACGUUCUGCACCAGUGCGUGUACUUUAGACAUCAACUCAGCAUAUCCACGUUGCACUGAAUGUACAGAUGAUGCCCGAGAACCCCUUACCAACUGCUCUACAUGUAAAGACUCCAAGCAAUUUAUCAAUGCAAACAACGAGUGUCAGAACUGUGCGGAUGGCUGCAAUUCAUGCACAAGUCUCACUGAUUGUACUCUCUGUGAUCCCGCCACAAACAAAGUUGGUAGCUUAUGUGAUAAAUGUAAGAGUGGUUAUUACAACAACUCUAACACUUGCACUGUUUGUGAUAAUACAUGCAAGACAUGCACAUCAGAGACUGAGUGUACUGAAUGUGUCGGUGAGCAUCGUCUUCCAUCACCAGGUCACAAAUGUGAAGCAUGUGCCGAUGGGUAUUAUUGGGAUGCCACCAUUAGUGAUUGUGUUGAGUGUUCCGAGAACUGUUUGAAAUGCAGUGACAGUACUCAUUGUUUGAAAUGUACAACAGAUGGUUUUUUCAGUGAGACUCCUGUUGAUGGGAAGUGCAGAUGUAUAUCUGGUUACAUCUUUGUUCUUGACAAGGAUGAAGAAGAAAAAGGUACUUGCCAGUCUUGCAAAGCUGAAAAGAAUGAGUUCUGUAACACAUGUGGAGAUAGUGGAUGCACUGCUUGUAAUGCAGAAUACCUUGUCCCUGAUGGAGUUAAGUGUAAGUGUAAAACUGGAUACUACACUACUUCUUGGGACGCAUGUGUACCAUGUGAAAGACAUAUGCCUGGGUGCUUGGAGUGUGACAAGAAAGACGGAUGCACUAAAUGUGACAAUGGAUGGAAACUCAACACUACUACUGGAAGGUGUGAUGGCGCAGAGAUGUUCCUGAUGCUCCUUGCGAUGAUCGUCUUGGCUUUGUUCUAA